AUGACGGAGCUGAGCCCUGGUGUCCCGCAGUUGGGCAGCGAUGGCUGGUGUGCCAUCGUGAAGAAUGACAUGACAUUCCUGAAGUACCUCGUGCGGGAUUGGGGUGCAAAUCCAAGUCCCAAGGAUGCCGCAUUGGCGGCCAAAGCCCACCAGGCGAAGGCCUCUCUCUCUGGACGCUUUGCCUCCCUCGUUAAGAGCACCCCCGCAGGGAAAAAACAUCUUGGCACCUUGAAGGCUGCUGCAGACAAGGCUGUGAGCCAGGACGGCAUGAUCAAGAUGAUCAGUACUGUCGCAGGCAAGCUUCGGACUGCUGCAGAGGCCAUGAGUCCCUUGCUGAAGAAAACGGAUGAUGUGCAAUCUGUAGUCGACGUGGUUACCCAGCAUGGCGAGUUGGUGCAGAAGGCGCUCGACCUGCUGCAGACAGCUGAUGCUUUGCCUGGCGUCAUGGGCGACUCCGCAUCUGAUGAUCUCAGCUCGCUCAACGACACCCGGGCAGCCGUCAAGGUACUUCUGCAGGCGCAAGGCACUACUUACUUGAAGAAGAUGGAAGCGGAUGUCACAGAUAUGUUCUCCCGAGACCUUGAUGCGGAUAUCCGGCUGAAGCGUGUUGCCAUGUUCUUGGACAUCGCCAAAGUGGUGGACUCCUGGAGUCAAGCGUUGGUCCCUGAAGCUGAACAAACUGCUCUUCAGACGAUGUUGCUUGACAUGCUUGAGGCACACAAGCUUGUUCGAGCCGCAGACUUGAAGCUGGACCAACCCAGCUUCGAAGGGGCUGUGAAAGGGGUGCACAAGAUCUUCUUUGGUGUGACCGUCGAAGCGUUUGCCGGUUUCUUGAAGGCGGCAGUCGCUGCGGCCAAGAGCACGGGUGACUUCUUGGAAAGAUGGUUGAAAGAGCUUGUCAAGAAUGCAAGUGACAGUGGCACACUCAUCCUCAGCGCGUCCGUCAAAAGCAUGCUCCCCAAGUCCGCGCAGACUCUUUGGUCAACUGUUGAAGUGUACCAGAAGGUAAUGGCGGAUGACAGUGUGUACCGGAACAAGGUUUCUGGAGUGGUGCGUCAGAAUCAAUUUUGUGCUGCCUCUGUGUUGGCUUCUUGGGACGCGGAGUCAGCAUCCUUCAUCGCUACUGGGUGCUCAGAUACAGUGCAGGCUCUGAGUGUCGCCACGUCGUCCGUGCGUGGGCUUGGACUUGAUGCCGACAAGUUCAAUGAGAGAACUCGCGAAAUGAUGACCAGCCUGCAGGGCACCGUCAAUGCAAUUUGCGCUGCCGUGAACGAAGGCGUGGACUUGAUCCAGCACUAUGAGGCCCUUUGCCCCGCAGCCUUCCAGAUCCCGGAGAAGGACUUUGACCCCGAAGGGCUCAAGGAGUUCAUCCAAGGGCCGGGCGCGCAAGAUCAAAUUGCCAAGUUCCACAAAGGACUGCCAUCCGCCAGUAUUGCAGUUGCUACGGCGCGGCUCGCUUACGUGGCGCAGCUGUUUUCUGCAAAGAGCAUGGUGGUCCUUGGCCUGGACGCCCUUUUGUUGUUCCGAGCCGGAGAUAUUCCUCCUGCACGCCAGCUGCUCUGGCAGAUCUUACGGCAAUGGACAGGGUGCCCCGACACGCCUUGUGCGCGGCUUGUGCCCCUAGAUGCUCCCCACGACUGUCCUCGCCUCUCUCAAGUCGACCUGUCUACCAGCAAGGCCACACGUUUGCUUAACGCUGCAGUCGUGCGCAGGCUUUCCAGAGAGGGUUACGAAGCACUGGGCUGCUUGAGGGACUGGAGCCCGGCCAUUGUGCGGCCCCUCCUUCUGGCCGCUGCAGCACGUGGACCUGUACUCAGUGAUGAUCAUCACAUCGCCGUGGUGCAUCAAGAGCGAUGCCUUGCUCAGCGACGCGAUUGGCAUGCUUUGGGCUCCCUCAUCGACCGUGUGGUGCUUGGACCUGUGUCUCGCUUGUGGGAGGCUCGCGCACACCUACUGACUUUGGCGAUGCAGCCGGCUUGGAGACCAUUCCUGGAAGCGGUGGAAUCAUUGCAGGGCUUCGGCCCUUUCUGGACUGGCAUCCUGGCAUGGGAUUGCCGUGCUUUGGGAGUGGCAACCCAACUACCCAGUGACCGCCUGCAGUACUGCCCAUGGGGCCUCACUGGAGCACGGGCUGGGCUUAACCUGCUCCGUGGUUCGCCACGGCGGGCCCCUUUAGAGGCUGCUGCAUGCCGAGCGUGGGGCCAGGCUCUGCUACGCUUCUUGCGCAGGGCAAGCCCUGCGUCAAUACUGGGGGAGCCUGUCCCGCCGUACGAGCUCUUCAGCGUGCAAUGGUGGUGCUGCGAACUGUCCAAGACUCCCUCCCGGGUGUGGUCCGGACUCCUUGCCCUUGCAAUCACCGAGAAGAAGUGCCGGUCUCUCUGGAAUGCCAGGGCCAUGUUGGAGGGCCUGAAGUUGGAGGAUCUCGUAACGACGAUCACGGCGUCAAAGACACGUCUCACGCAACCCCCGGCAAAGGCAAAAGGCGGCGUGGCGAUGUUCACCCUGUGUGCUUCCGAGUUUUGCUUGUCUUUCCUGGAGAAGAACCCGACGCCUCCCCAAAUCCAGCGGGGCCUGAAUGACAUUUACAAGUUGGUGUUGGACGACUUCCAGCUGAAGAAGGAGGACUUGCCGAACUCCGUGAAAGAGAAGCUCGAUUCCUUGGCAAAAACAACAAAGGAGGAUGCCCGAACUAAGGACAAGCUCAGGAUGCCGCCCCCUCCUGCCCCACCGAGUGCAGCAGCGAAACGUUGA